AUGGCGAAACUCAAGGCACAUGAAGAACUCUCCACUAAUGCGAAUACUAUCAAAGCUCGCAACUGCGUCUCCAACCUUACUGAAGAUGAGAAGGCUGUUCACUUAGCACUCAAGGCUGACCAUGCUGAUCUGAGCUACUACUUAAAGAAGUUAUAUAAGUCUGCAAAGUACAAGACACGUCUACAGAAUGAAUUGAAGGUUGAGCGUAUUUGUGUUCGGACUGAGAAAGGUACCCAUGCAUCUUGCAUUGCGAAUCAGAAAGUCAAGAAUAUUAGCGCCUCUUCUUCUCCACAAGCCCCACCAUCUACUCCGCCCAAACAACUUCUGUCUGAGCUUGCUGCAUUUGAGGGUAUCUCAACGCGAGAUAUUUUAAAUGACGAGGCUGUUCUACCAGAUGAGCUUUCCGAUGAAGAGAUCACUAGCACCCAGGCUCUCUUAACUCAAGCGCACAUUGAUGCCCAUGAAGAGUCCAAUUUCCGCAAGUGGCAACAUUUCUGGGAUAGCUGUAUCCACUCAUAUACGAGAAAGGCUGGAAAGCUGAGAAAGAAGCCUGAGCGUCUCUUUGAGUAUAUGCCGUGGAUUGAUGUAGAGGAAGGCUUCAAAGAGGUGUUCUUACUUGUCUACUCUAAGAAGUUUGAUAAGGAAAAGUGGGCUAAGGUAUCAGCUGCACAGGAUAUGUUGUUCCUGGAGCUAGAGUAG